CAGUCGGCUAAGAUGGAGGGGAUACGUCCGCCAGCUCCCUUGUUAGCCACCCCGGGCAAGCCGCUAACGUCAUGGUCUGCUUGGCUAUCAGAUUUUGAAGUGUAUGCCAUGGCCAUUGGAUGGACUGACUGGGGAGAGCAGAGGCGUCAGGCACUGCUUCUCCAUUGUGUGGGACAGGAAGCCAGGAGGCUGUUCAGGGCGGAGUGCCCAACAGGGGUCCCAAGUCAGGGCGGUGUUGAGCCAAAGUUUGAGGGGCGCGCUGCUACAAUGUCACUGGUCGAUGCCACUGUUGACGUACUGAGUCGUUUGUUUGAGAAAAAGUCAGAUGUGAUCACCGAGAGAGUUUUGUUUCGCAAAUGCACCCAGGGCCAAACCACUGUUCGUACCUUUUUGGCGAACUUGAGAGAACGUAGCCAGAGGUGUGCGUUUGGGGCCCUUGAAGACGAAAUGAUCAGGGACCAGUUCCUAGAGGGGUGCUCGUCUGCUCGUCUGCGUGAACGUCUCUGCAGGGAGGAUGAUCUGACUCUGCCUCGGUUGGAGGUUGUUGCCCUUGCAGAGGACCAGGCGCUGGAGCGACAGCAGGCGGUGGGACGCUUGCAGACUGCAGCUGCAGAGCGGGAGCAUGCACCGGUCAGCGUUGCAGCAACGGCCACCAAGCGGUACGCUCACGGCACGCGCAGUAUGACUCCACUUUCAAGACGGAAGGUUGGCCACUUCUGGCGAUGCUGCCCGAAGAAGGGGGAGAAGACUGCUGGAGAGAAGCCCGUCGCCAGCGUCCAAGUGCUGUCGGUUGCAGUGACGUCUCCAACUGAAGACACUCGUCCGUACAUCCAGCUGAAGGUAGCAGAGGUUCACAGAAUUCGGCUGGUGGAGGUAGCAGCACCAGUUCAGCAGAAGCAAGAAGCUGACGUACACUUGAGUGAGCCGGAAGACCAGGACGCCACCGGCGGCGGCGAGAACACUGCUGACGCACUGUCGCGUCUGCCAGCACCAGUGACGGAGGCAGCUGAUGACGAGAGCAUCACCGUAGCAGCAGUUGAAGCUCAUCUGCAGGCGGUGACGAGGGAGGAGCUGGUGUCGGCAUCUCGGUCGGACCCUCAGCUGCAGCAGCUGGCAGAGCAGAUCCCACGGCCGUGGCCGACGCGGUACGGAGACUGUCCGGCAGCUCUCAGGCCGUUCUACCGCUUCAGGGGGGAGCUUGGAGCUGUAGAAGAUGUCUUGGUCAGGGGAGAGCGUCUGCUGGUGCCGACCAGCCUCCGACAGCGUCUGUUAGCAGCAGCACACGAGGGACAUCAAGGAAUAGUCCUGACGAAGCAGCGGAUCAAGCAGCACUUCUGGUGGCCUGGACUGGAUGCAGCGGUGGAAGAGAUGGUCAGAGCGUGCGAGGUUUGUGCAUCUUCCGACAAGACGGCUACUCCGAGGAACGCUCCGCUGCACCCUGUACCGCUGCCUGAAGGACCGUGGGAGAAGGUCGGGAUCGACUUCAUCGGGCCGAUGGAGGGCGGAGGACAGCGGCAGCGGUUCGCCAUCGUUCUGGUGGACUACUUCUCCAAGUGGCCAGAGGUUGGCUUCUGCUCGAGCCCGUCGACGGAGGCGGCGAUCGAGUUCCUGGAGGUGGUUGCUUCCAGGGAGGGGUACCCGUUACAAGUGGUCUCUGAUAACGGUACGGCUUUUGUGUCCGCAGAGUUCACGGCUUACCUGCGGAGGGUCGGCGUUCAGCAUGUACGGGUAACGCCGUACCACCCCAGAGGCGCUGGAGCGGUGGAGCGCAUGAACAGAGUGGUGAAGUCCGCGCUGCAGACGGCGUCCAAGGAGAAGCAGGACUGGUCACAGGCGGUGCGCCAGUUCCUGAGGACGUACCGUUCGACGCCUCAUGCAACCACCGGCCUGAGUCCGUCGGAGAUGCUGCAUGGUCGUCAACUCCGGACGAUGCUGCAUGCACCCACGCACCCUCCGGGAUCGCUGAGCUGGUUGGACCAUCGGCGUACCGGCUGGACAGUGGAGCACUGGUCCACGCCGAGAGGCUGACUCGCUGGACUGGGUCGCCUCCGACCGGACUGGGAGACGCCGAGCAGCCGCAGCUCUCGGACCUUCCCGUCGUCCGCUCCCCGCCGGAGCCGGUCGACGAGCCUCCGGCUGAGGCCACGGCGUCGGC